AGAGACGCAGCUACCUUCUCGAUUCCCCUCGUGGGGGAACAGCCCCCCACGAUGGCAUGGGCGCCGCCGUCUCGCGACGCCGAGAUCCCAGCUCGGCCACAAUUGAACUCACAACAGUCCAGCUCCCUCCCCUCGACCCCCUAUCAACAUGCGCGCAACCUUUCCUUCCACUCCCGGACGCCGUCCCCCGCCCGUGGCAGCUCUCCUCGUUCCACCCACUCCGAAUCCGCCCACUUCAGCCCUCAAAAAGUGCUGGGCGGCUGUAAGUAUGAGACUGCGAUGACAUACUAUCGCCGACGCAUACCAUACAGCCUAGGGUCGGAUCUUUUGCCGGAGGAGAAGGAGGGGUUGAAAGAAAAACUCGAUGCAGAGGAAGACUCACGAAUCACGGCCGAUAUCAUGAACUUGUACGACCAGCUAUUACCAUCUGCCGAAAGUGACGACCGCCGCCGACAGCUGGUUCAGAAACUUGAAAGAUUGUUCAACGAGCAGUGGCCCGGCCAUAACAUCAAGGCGAAUGUGUUUGGUUCUUCGGGGAAUAAACUCUGCUCGAGCGACUCAGACGGUAUGUUUGGCGGGUUUGCGAGACUUAGUCUCAACGAUUCACCCGGAAUCCCAGAAACCCCAGGCUUACAAGAGACAGUGGAUAUCUGCAUCACAACAGAUUUCAGGGAUCUGGAGCAGGUCUGUCUUCUGGCAGAUGUUUUAGCAAAACAUGGUAUGGAACGCGUUGUAUGUGUGUCUCACGCAAAGGUUCCUAUUGUUAAAAUCUGGGAUCCGGAACUGAAGUUGGCAUGCGAUAUGAAUGUUAACAAUACCCUGGCGCUGGAGAAUACUCGUAUGAUCCGGACGUAUGUGGAGGCCGAUGAGCGUGUCAGACCAUUGGCAAUGAGCGUGAAGCACUGGACAAAAAGACGUGUUCUCAACGAUGCAGGCUCUGGUGGUACCUUGAGCUCAUACACGUGGAUAUGUCUGAUUAUUAACUUUCUGCAAACUCGAGAUCCCCCCAUCCUCCCGAGUCUUCAAGCUCGUCCUCAUCGGGAGCGAAUUAUCAGUGGCCUUGAGUGUGGCUUUGAUGACGAUCCAAAGUCAUUUGCUGGGUUUGGUCGCAGGAACAAACAGUCUGUGGGCGAACUGCUCUUUGAGUUCUUUCGAUACUAUGGCCAUGAGAUCAACUAUGAAAAGAGCGUGGUUUCUGUGAGGGAGGGCCGUUUGAUUUCCAAGGUGGAUAAGAAAUGGCACUUGGCAACCAACAACCGUUUGUGUGUGGAGGAACCGUUCAAUACGGAGAGAAACCUGGGUAACACGGCCGACGACACAUCCUUCAAAGGUCUUCACCUGGAAUUACGCCGAUCUUUCAAAUAUAUCGCCCAAGCAGACCUGUCUGGCGCCUGUGAGCAAUUCGUAUUCCCCCAAUCAACGGAGCGUCCCCCCGAACGCCCACCACCUCAGCCACGUCAUGUCAUCACUCCCAUCAUGCCAACCCGUGGAGGCCGCGCAGGAGGGGGCAAUGGCAAUCGUGCAGGAGGGCGAUACAACAACCAGUAUCCAAUUCGUGGAGGGUUCAAUGGAGGCCGUCGGGCAUCCAACACGGGAAGCACUAAGGGCGGAAACGGUGCGCCUGGGUCUCGGCCACUCCAGCAGAAUCCCAAUAUGCCAGAGCUUUCUAUGCAGGCACAGCAGCAAGCUCAGAGUAUGCUUGCCGACCAACUGUUUGCGCAGAUCCAAGUGCUGCAGGCUCAGGAGCAAGAAUUGCGGUUGCAUCUGCAGCAACAGGCAAUGGCUGCUGGCCGCCGUCCCCCAUUGAUUCUACGAACUAACCCUUUCCUCAAUUGGAAUGCACCUCAGCGUCCGGAUUAUGUGGGAGAAGAGUUCUUACGCUCACAGCCAAGCGUGGUUCCAUCUCUUGCGCCAGGUGUUCUACAUAAUAACCAGUACCUUCCGACCUAUGCCUCUGUCAGUGCUAUUGGCACACAGGGCAGCAGCAGUAGUACAAAUCCUUCUUCACCCUCUGUUACUGCCCAGGAUUUCCGUCCGGAGCCCCGACGUGGCUCUGCUGCCAAUGGCUCUUCAUCAAACUCCUCUCUUCGGGCACAGUCACAGCCCGCUCGAGCUCAACAUUCACCAUCUUCCCAGCAGUACUCCCAGCUUUAUCAAGCCCCUCGGCCUUUUGACACGUCUUUUGCUCCGAGCCAGGGGCUCGGACUUGAGUCAGAGGGUGGAGAUGGCAGUGGGGACGAAAGCUCGCCUCACAGGAUUGAUCCUUUUGAUGGUGGUAGAUCGCAGGAUUACCUUGGCUACCUUUCUCCAUCGCAGGAGCAGCUGCAGCAGCACCUCUCCAUGCUGUCUCUUGGCGCAGUUCCGCCUAAUGGCUAUGCCUCAAGUUAUCUCCCGAUGCAGCAUGACUAUCAGUCUAACUUGCUUCCGUCAGAUCCCCAGUCUGGUAUUAUUUCGUCGGAAGCUCAAAGUACCCGUUCGGAACAAACCCCCACUGGAAGUUCUCGAUCCCCAGCACCGCCGCAGCGGUCCACGUCGCGCCCUGCUGCUCCUGCGGACCGGGGCCCUUUGAUCGUGGACGGGUCUGUUCCCCCGGGUGAGAACCGGGUGUCAUAUGUGCCUGACUUGACCGACUCCUACACCGCGAUGACGAACUUCACCUCGAACUCGGAUGACCAGACCAUUAACACGCCGGCUAGCUUCUCAGACUCCUUGUCUCAGGAUUUCCAGGACCCUGCGCCGUUCGAGAUGGAUCAACCUGGUUUCAGCCGUCUGCCGAAUCUUGACACGCAUAAUCAUGACAUGCAUAAUCAUACCCCCAAACUUGCCGACUCUCAACUCGACGGAGGCGCCGGCUCGACCCAGCUCCUUGCUAGCCGACUGCAAAACUUACAUUUGUCGAAUGCCGAAAGACUCGCUCAAUCGCAGAGCCAGGCGAACCAGGCAAAGUCCACCAACAAAGGCAGCCAGUCGCAGCAGGGGGCCAAGGAAUCUGCUCCAGCCAAGAGCUCUUCCAACGAGAAAGCUGCACACAACCAGGCAAACGACGGGCGCCAGCAGACGUCAAACAAGCGUCGCCCAAACGGUGGAGAAGCGGACAAGCAGAACGGUGUCAACCACCACGGUCACGGCCAUGGCCACAAGCCGAAGGCCAAGGGCCGCAAUGAUCAUGCUGCGUCCGAUGCGAAAGAACGACAGGCCGAGAAUUCUUCACGUAAGGCCAAUGGCUUAACCAACGGCCCGGAGGCGAAUCAUGGCAGUGGCUGGCAAACCACCAAGAAAAAGAACCGGCGCAGCAAGGUCUCUGCUGACUCGCGCAAUGGAGGAAGCGCCAACACCGAGCCUCCUCCUGUCGACGAGUCGCAACGCAAGGGCGGGUAA